AUGUACUCGACCCUCCACGAAGCUUCCGAGAAGCGAGCCAAAGAGAAAAUUCGCCGCGCGUCUCGACAAUAUGAUGCGCGUGUUGGCGAGAAAGAACGGCAAAGUAGUGUUCUCAGUGGUACGACUCUUGGCGAAGGAGAUGAGAAGAAUGGAUAUGCAAGAAGAGGCAACUUUUUUAGCAAGUUGUUUGGCAGCAGGAAGAGCUCGGACCUUAAGACGAAACUGGAGAUGGUCCAGAAGAAGCAGUCGAUGUCUACAGACGCUAGCUUCAUCAAGGCUUCACAAUGCAAUAUCAUCGUGACAUUCGGCGUCGUACUGUUGGUCGAGCUCUGCGACGACGCUUUGCAUAAUGAGAUAGUCUGA